UGAUCCAGGAAGGCUGGUUUUAUUUAUAGAUCUGUGGGUAAAACUGAGGGGCUUGAAAGUGAAGCCAAUGCGGAAACAUGUUUAAGUGUUUCUUGACGCUGAUUUUAAAAGGCCUGUCUGCUAUCUCUAGAAAUACUCAAGUCAAUACAUAGGGUCUCAUUUGCUUUAUUUGGGCUUGUGGUUCUUUAGUAAACUAUCGCUUCAUUAAAGUGAUAUGAAAUGCUAAGACCUGUUUAGGACGUGAACUGUGAAUAGAAUAAUGACUCCCGUUGAACUGGCUUAUCCAUUCUAUGAUGUAGAGUCUUGCUACUGUUUUACUGAAAUUUGUAUAAAAAAGUCAAUGUUAUUGCCGCUAAUCAGUCAGUCAGAUUCUGGUGAAUUUGCUAUUUGUUAUUGCCCUGUUAUGAAUUGCUGCCUUGAUUGGUUAAUUUGUUUGUUGGAUUGAAACUGAAAUAACAUAUUAAAACAUCACCACAGUGACGGUGAGAAAUGUGGUGAAAAUAUUCUACAUGUACCAUGCAUGUAAAAGGAUAUUUAUUUUUAGAAGAACUCAAACUAACCCUUUCUGAUCCUCAUAUGGCUCUGCAUAAAUUUCUUAUGAUUCCUGUCAUGUGGAUGAACCUGAGCUACUCCUGUCUCACAUCCAAACCUGUACAUUCACAUACUCAUCAUCAGAACUUCAGCUUUUUUCUGGCUUGUUAGCUGUCAGAAUCAUACAGAAAGUGGAUUUAGAUUCAGAAAACUCACAAUUUAGGGCCAAUAGAGGAUUAGAUAUCUGCUGAUUGAUAUCUUAAUUACCUACUGAUUCAUUUCAUGUUCUAUAACCAUAACAGUAGUUGUGAUUAAUAAGUUAUUAAGUCAUUUGAUUUGGCUUAUGUUUGAUGGAGUUUUCUGACUGUCAGUUAGCACUUAGCUCCACUUAUUUGUCAAUGGUUGUUCCAUAUGUGGUUCUUUAUUUCUGUAUCAUUUGUGUGUCAUAUACAAAGGCCUGUUAUUGGUUCUGUUACUUGACAUCCAUUUUACACAUAUGAUUGGUUGAUGCAUUUAUCCAUGCUGCAAAAGCUCAAAAAAUCAUCCUUGUUCUGAGAAAAUAAAGUGAUGCUUCUUGCCACGUAAUCUUUUCCAUGUAAUCUCUGUGUGAAAGUAUCCAUGAUAUAAAUAUAAUGGCGUGUACCUCCAGUGUAUAAAUACCUUAAGAGUAAAACACAUAUAAGUGUUGAAUAAGACAAUGAGAAAUACCGGAAGUUAAAUACCAAGUUAAAUUUGCAAGAUUAAAGUCAGAAAAAAAGUGCCAAAAAAUGAUAAAAUCUUAAUUUUUUUUUUACAUGUUUUGUGCACACAAUUCAAGUCAAAUAGCUGAAAAAUAACUUUAUUUCAUUAGAAUCAAAAUGACCAUCUUGACUUUUUCAAUUCAUACCCUUAGUACCUAUAAUUACCCUAAUGUUUUUUUUUAAAUAGAAAAGUCUAUUUUGGAUUGGGUAUUUCAGGACUUGAUACGGCUGUUCAGACUUGUGAGAAUUUUACUCCAGACUCCACCAUGUCUCCACCUCAGAAACACACUUCAUAGUGUGAACCUGCCCUCGAGGCAGCCGAGGCAUCCUGAAUGUCCAUCUUAAGUGUGUAACCAGAGAAGUGUUGCUUCUGUUUUUACCUGCCUGGUGACAACCCUGAGGUCAUAGUGGGCGAGCCAGGUUGUCUCUUUGGCAGCGCAAGGUUCAAAGGUCAGUAGUCAGAGACCGGAUAGGGUUGAGAGGUUUUACUUUCGAUUCAACCUGCAAGGAGUUAAAAACAGCCUCAAAGAAAGGUUUGAUUUGAUUUGUUUUCAGCAGGUUUUGACAAGGAUUAACUGUUGUGUCUAAUUUUGAUGCCCAGUCCACACUAAUACAAAUUGUCCACAUGAUCUUCAUUUUACAAAAUAUCUCUGUCCAUACGACAACGCUGAAUCACUUAGACAAACCACAGUUGUUAUUGUUCAACCUGUGGACACUGUGGAUAUUACUGGACAUAGCAGAUGCAGAGGCUUUAAUCUAUCACAAAGGUAAAGCAGCAGCAAGAUCAGUUGUAGACUUGCAUUACUUUAAGUGUUGGUUGUGGUUAUGGAAGUGUAUUUGUUUUGGUGUCAAUUUGUCUAUAGUGCUGGUCUGGUCUGGAUCCCAAAGGUAUCCAUGCUGGAUGUGCUGCAGGUCAUACACUGAUAUAUACACCUGAGAUCGAUGUUUCAGGUGUAGCUUCAUUACACAAACACAUAACAGACAAGAGCAAAACAGGCUGUGAUGCCAUUGUUUUCUAAUCUCUACAUUUUCCCUGAACACACAGAUACAAACAAACUAGAAUUUUGAAAAUCUAUUUUUGUGUGAUGUAAAAUGCUCUACAAAUAUAGAGAAAAAUACUUGUAUUAAUGUGGAAAGUGUAAAAUAUGACAAUAUAAAAUUGAUUAGCUUUAUUUAGUCCAUCAUGCAGCACUAAAUUUGGUAGAAUGCAUAUUAAAUCAAUCUGUAUUCAAUCAGUAUUCAUACUAUGUAAUGCCACAACUGGGCUAAGUCAUAUUUUCAACAGAUAAAAUGCAUUCCUUGUCCAGUAAAAAGUACAGCUGUUCAACACCAAGCAAAAGUUUAUUUGGUCUCCUUCACGUCUAAAAAUGUUUCAUGACCUUUUUAGGUUUAUGUAGUGUUGACUAAAUUACGAGAGCUUUGGACUCAUAGUUUCUCAUUUUCCUGAAACCUUUACUUUUUAAAGAUUAAUAUAAAAGUUGCUGCGUUGCAUUCAGGGGGAUUUGUAGGUCAGACAAAUGAGCCUCAUCUGUUCUGUGUGUUACAGUAAAGGGUCGUUUAGAGGAUAAAUAGAGCUCAGGUAUUUCAGCAACGUCAGUGUCUAGGGUUACAGUGUACAGUAUAUAACACACACACUGCUCAGGUCCUGUCAGGGCCCACUGUGAGAAUAGAGAGCAGCUGCAAGUGGUGAUGUGGUCAUGUGGCAUGCCUGGUGUGUGUGUGGCAUACACAGGGGGGUAAACACCCUCUUACCCCUCUUUAGUGCCCCUUCGCCUGCCUGACGCCCACCUCUGUUUCAGUAUCUUUAUUUUGGAGUGUCUUCUGUCCCACACCCCAACUUUAAACCUGCGGAGACGCUUGACGUCCUUUAUUGAGGCUCCUCUGGUCCUGUGUGACCCCCUGACACAGAGAGGAUGGUGAUGGAGGAGGGGAGCCAGAGAGAGCGAGGGAGGGGGACCCUGGGGACAGCUGGAGCAGAAGGGAGACAGAUCCUGAUUGAGCUCGGGGAGCAGAACUUGGAUGCCAUUUGUCUGUCUACUUACCGAACAGCAUGCAAACUGAGGUUUAUACAGAAGAGAUGCAACUUGCAUUUGAUCGACAUAUAUCACGUGAUCGAGGCGGUGCGGGACGCUGGUCUUAAUGCUGUGGAGCUGCACGCCGGCAUCUCCGUGAUCCGUUUGGAGAACCUGGUGUCCUCCCUGUUCAACCAGCUCGGCAAACGCCUGCCCACCACACACACCAUUAACCCACGAGAAAGCACCGUCCUGCUGGUUGAGCUCAUACUGGCUGCCGUUGACAGUGAUCCAGAAGGACGUCUGACUGUGCUCUCUGUGAAGGCCAUGCUGUCCAUGCUUUGUGGAGGAAAACUGAUUGAUAAACUUCGCUAUGUGUUUUCUCAGGUGUCUGACUCCCAUGGAGUGUUGGUACAGUCUAAGUUUGACAGUUUCCUGAGGGAGGCUCUCAAGCUGCCCACCGCUGUCCAUGAAGGACCGUCCUUUGGCUACACCCACACCUUAGCACGAUCGUGCUUCCCACAGCAGAAGAGGGUAAUGCUCAACAUGUUCCUGGACAUUGUAUCUGAUCCUCCUCCGUGUCUGGUUUGGCUGCCACUGAUGCAUCGCAUGGCCAGCGUGGAGCAUGUCUAUCAUCCCGUGUCCUGCUCCUAUUGUCGUAGCAAUGGUAUGACAGGGUUCCGCUAUCGCUGCCUCCGUUGUCGUGGUUACCAGCUCUGUCAGAACUGCUUCUGGCGUGGCAAUGCCAGCGGGUCGCAUAACAACCAGCAUCAGAUGAAGGAGCACUCGUCCUGGAAAUCAUCAGCGACAAAACUUGGUCGAGCCCUGAGCAGGACUCUGGGCUGCGUGUCAUCCAGGGAAACCUCCCACCCGGUUUACCCAGAGGAACCCGAGAGGACCCUGAACCUUUCCAACAUAGUCCCUUCCCAGCCUAUUGGAAACCCCAGCGAGGCCAUGUUGCUGUCCUCAGCAGGACCCGAGUCAACCAGGAGCCUGGCAGCAGCUCAGCGCAUGAACGAGGAACACGCUCUGAUCGCUGCUUAUGUGAAUCGCCUCCAGGGCAGCCCACGGAGUGUGGAUAGUCCAAGCAGACAAGAUGAGGAGCAUAAACUGAUCGCCCGUUACACCUCCCGACUGGCUGAAACAGACGGGGCAGGAGUAAUACCAAACCGAAGCAUUAAUUUUGACGUGAACAAACAGAAGAGGGAGCUGAUUGCUCAGCUGGAGAGCAAAAACAGAGAGAUCUUGGCAGAGAUCAAGCGUCUCCGUGCAGAGCAUGACGCGGCGUGCCAGCCCAGCCCUGACAAGGGUAGUACCAACCCGACUCUGCUGGCCGAGCUCCGCCUGCUCAGGCAGAGGAAAGACGAGCUGGAGCAGAGGAUGUCGUCUCUGCAGGAGAGCAGGAGGGAGCUGAUGGUGCAGCUCGAGGGACUGAUGAAGCUGCUCAAGGAUGAGGAACAACGACAGGCAGUGCAGGCAGCCGGUUCUUCCCAUGUUUCUCCUUCUCGCCCGAGUCCAUCGGCCGUCCGUUCAGUCGGCGCCGCGUCUCCUCAUGCCCACAUGUUCCCUCCUCAGGACUCGCUCGCCGGGGUCGGAGGUGACGUACAAGAGGCCUUCGCUCAAGGCCCGAGGAGGAACCUGAGGAACGACCUUCUGGUAGCAGCAGAUUCCAUCACCAACACUGUGUCCUCACUGGUCAAAGAGCUACACUCUGAUGAUGGACGGGAGGAAGAAGAGAGGCUGCUGAACGGGAAGGACAGAGCAGGCUAAAAUGAUCCCAGGACAAACAAAAUGUAGAGCAAUGGAUCAUCACGGCCAAAGAAACUUGCCCCCGUCAGGAUUAAUUUCAUCCUCUGAUGUUCAUUUCAGCCAGUGGAGAUAAAAGCUCCGCUGCCAAUCAGCCAAUCACGAUGCUGGACACCAAAUGACCCUCGGGUACCUACUGAUGUAUAGCUGUGAUUCAGUGUUUGUCUUGUCACUGUGGUUUUACUUGUGUUUUGAUCUGAUCAUGCUUAGCUAAACUAAGAAUCUGAAACCUACUGAUGUACUGUAGCAUGCGCGUGCUCUGCGAUUCGAGAUGCGAGAGGGUCGAGUAAGUGAGAGGGACAUCGCGGCGAGACAGGAAGGUGUGUUUAGGAAUUUUCAGUAAGUGUGGGAAAGUUUCAGAAUGUAAUCAUGUUGGAGAGGAAAAAGUGCAGGAAAAAACAGAAAAGUUAAAAAGAGGAGAAGCGAGUUGCAACGUUUUAAGUUUUGGCACUGUGUGCUUCAUAUUUAUUGCUUUGAUUUGAGUUUUGACAUUUAUUCAGUCGGUUUGAGUGUGUACGUGUGUGUGGUCAGGCCCUGCUGAGACGAUAAGCUUUAAUGGGACUUUUCCUGUCGCUUUAACCGGAUGAGGCGAUGCAGACUGGAGAGCUGAGGUCCCGAUUUCAGUCCAGGUGUCUGGAACCUGGACCAGAUUAGAGCCACGGGUGCUGGUUCUGCAGUGGAUCCACAGUCAGAGAUAGUAAAUAAAACCAUGUGCUUUAACAGGGUUUGCAGCAGAAAUGAAGAACCAAAGUCAGGGGACGAGGUUUUUACCAAUGAAAACUAAACAUUUUAAAGGAUCAGUUCAGAUGCUUCAGUCUACUGUUGCUGUUUCUCACAAAUCUGAUGAGUCUCAUGAGAACUUGAAGGAAAAAGCAAAUGUCCCACAGGUUUUGCUGUUUCUGGUGAAAUAUUAGUUGCUUUGUACAGUGACGUAACAGGGUCAGUUUAGGUCAAAUAAAACAUGUUUGAAUGAAGACAUUAAUAAUAUUUAGACAGAAAACAUUUUAGAUUUAGGACCUGUAUUUGUGCUUCCUUUUUUUAUUUCCAACUUGAGUCUUCCAAGUCUUUCAGGCAUGUUACUUGAAAAUUUUAGUUUUUUUCCCUCACCACUUCAGAACAUCAGUUUUUUUCUUACAAAUUCACAUCUUUUAUCUCUGAAAAAUAUUUUUUCCCUACAUAUUUGGACGUUUAUAAUCCUCUUGAGUUCCUGCAUCCUGAGUUUUUUCAAGGAAAUAUAUGUCGUUACAAUCCCAGAGAAUAUCCAGAUGUGCUCUUCUUGUAAGGUUGUGGGCCUUUUCUCAAAAGUGAAAGACUGUUUUUUUUUUUGAGAGAAUAUAUAAUUUUUUUUCUUGUAAAUUUGCAUUUUUAUCCUCCUAAAAUUUCUCAGAACAGUAUGAUUCUAUAUUCCCAGACUAUUCAAAUAUAUUUCUUACAAAUUACAAGUUCUUUUUGUAAAUGUGUUUAAAAUAUCUGACUUUUUUCAUAAAUUUACCAUAAAAAGCCACAAACAUGUA